AUGAGUCACUUAGGAUCGUGUGGAUAUUGGAGCAAAACGAAACAUCUUUCGCUGACGGGAGAGUUGUGGAGAGCUUCUGCUGCAGAGAUCUUACUCAAAGAUGAUGGGCAAGCAGGGCAAGAUGUGAAGAUUUAUCACGUUCACGCACCCUUCAGAGCUCCACUUCCUUCUUUUCCUUCUUCCUUUUCUCCUGGAGGGGGACCUUCCACACAGUCACCCCCGCAAGUGUCUGCACCCCCUCCUUUCACCCCCAGGACCAAGUUUGUGAACUACGAGACCGAGUUGUAUCGCUCUCCUGCCCUGACCACAUGUCCUUCCUGUCGCACCCAAGUCACCACCAGGGUCACCUUCCGGGUGGGAAGACACGCAUGGCUCAUGUGUCUCGUGUUGGCGCUGUGCGGGUUGGUGUUGGGCUGCUGCUUGAUUCCCCUCUUUGUCAAACACUUUAAAGACGCCCAUCACAGCUGUCCCAGAUGUUAUCGUGUGCUUCAUGUGCAGCACAGAACCUGCUGUCAGUGA